CACUCAUUUCUAAUUGUGAUUCGUAGGAAGUAAGUUGUCUAGUGCAAAAUAUAUAUUCAAAUAAAAUAGUUAUAAAUCGGAACACACAACAAUAAAAUACAAGCAAACACCACCAAAUAUCGGAAAAGAAAAGAAUAGAAAAGAGAGCAAAUAAUAAAAUUACGAAAGAAACCAAGAGAAUAUCACGCUAAAACCCGUCAUCCCAUCGUAUUUGGUCUUCUGGUUCUUGUUCAUCACAAACGUCCGUUAAGAACCACGCAUCGAUAUUGAAUAAUCUGUGGAUAUUGAGAUACAUAUAUACGUACGUAUCGUAUCUAGGAUAAACGCUCACCAGCACGGAUAUUAAUGAUACGCAACGGAUGUAACUGUAAACUGUGUCCCCUCUCACGUAAGAAGUAACGUAACGCAGCCUGUGGAAACAACGUAGCUUGGACGCAUUCGGAAAAUCUCCACGGAGGACGCAGCUAACGAUAUCAAGAAUCAGCAAGAAGCACAUCCAACUGUAUACAUGCGUGCUACAAGUAAAUCUGUGAAAGCCAUCUCAAUAGCCCCAGCCGUCGCAUAAUCGCCAUCCGAUCUGAUCCGAACCGAUUCGAUUUGAGUUGAUAUAAUCCCAUCUCGGCCGUACCGCAAACGCUACAAAUCUCAAACACACCGGAGCCGCUCGAUCCAGCGAACGGCAGCGACAAGAAGAAGUUUUUUGGCCAGCGCGCACCCCCAAACUCCAGCAACAGCCUCAAGAUUCUGCCAUUCGGAGCACUCAACUUUCGUCCGGAGACGACACCCGCAGAGAUGCACAAGAUCGCAGCAGCGCCGCCUCCAUCGGCCACGCCCGGCGGAGGACUGGAGACGCCCCUGGCGGCGCCCAAAUACGGCACACUAAUACCCAAUCGCAUCUUUGUGGGCGGCAUCAGCGGCGAUACCACCGAGGCCGAUCUGACCCGCGUCUUCAGCGCCUACGGAACGGUAAAGAGCACCAAGAUCAUCGUGGAUCGGGCCGGCGUGAGCAAGGGCUAUGGAUUCGUCACCUUCGAGACGGAGCAGGAGGCGCAAAGACUGCAGGCGGAUGGUGAAUGCGUGGUAUUACGUGAUCGCAAACUGAACAUUGCACCGGCCAUCAAAAAGCAGCCCAAUCCUCUGCAGUCAAUUGUGGCCACAAACGGAGCCGUCUACUAUACCACCACGCCGCCGGCACCGAUCAGCAACAUACCCAUGGAUCAGUUCGCAGCCGCUGUUUAUCCGCCAGUUACUGACUUUACAGCCGCUGGAGUGCCAGCCAUCUACCCACCUUCAGCCAUGCAAUAUCAGCCAUUCUAUCAGUACUACAGUGUGCCAAUGAAUGUACCCACCAUUUGGCCUCAGAAUUACCAAGAAAACCAAUCGCCAUUGCUGCACUCGCCGUCGUCGAACCCACACUCACCGCACUCCCAGUCGCAUCCACAAGCCCCAUGCUGGAGUAUCGAGGAUCUGAGGGACACCUUGCCGCGGGUAUAGCUUCCGAUUGAUGGAUUAUCGGAGGGCAUAGCAGCAGAGGCUGGACCAGUACUAUCACAUUUCAUAGAGGGCGCUGCGGCGGAGAAGGCACACAGAACUCAGAAUGGAAGACGCAGUUGUUCAGUAGAAAUCAGAAUCGGAAAAUAUGAGGAGGAAAAGAGGAAUGGGAGGAACCGGGUACUGGGACUGGGACUGGAGAUCCUUUCCUGGAGCAAAGGACAUGAAGCCAAAGCGAUAUAAGAUAAGAUGUGUGAUCCUGGCGACAAAACCCCAUUUUGUUUUUAGUUGAUUUUUUUGUUUGUUACUUUCGAAUUCCACCCCACCAACGCCACCAUCGCCACCAACGCCACCACCACCGCCCUGAAUACCUUCACGCUUGCCGCCCCAUUGGGGAGCUCACUUCUCGUUCCUGAGUUAUUAUUGUUUAUAGUUUUUCGUUUUGUUAUCUAAAGUUUUUUGUUUCCGGGCAUCGAAGGGUGUGUGAGCGAGUGAGCAAAAGAAAAAAAGAGCGAAGGGAGUGUAGGAAAGGGCGCCAAUAUUAGCAAGCGGAAUGAACAUCAUCUCAACGUCGUUUCCCAUCACAUGUGAACCCACACAGCCAAAACCCGAAUCGAACCGAAGCGUAACCUAACCGAAGCAUAUCCAAGACUUCUUCAAAAUCGGGCACCCCCGCGGGAACAACCCCAGUUAAUAGUUAAUACCGCAACAUCAUCAACCGCAAGAAUCCGCUUUACCAUCAGCUAUAUUAUCGCCCGAUCCGAACUCAUGGCCCUAAAGCAAGCGUUUUGACCAUUGGACCAGCGCUACAUUAGCAUUGCAAAAUGUUUUGGGCUCUGUUCUUUUUCGGGUAUUAUGCCGAUUAGAUCAGUUUAUUUUUUUCCAAAUUUAACCAGUUCAUCGUUAAGGCUUAGGUUUUCAUUUUUCUGACUUUUCGAACCCAAAGUAUUAUCCAAAUAUGUUAUAGUUUCUGUGUGUAAUGUAUUGAUUCCAAAUUAUUAUUGAAGUAUUAAUGUUCCGAUUUAGAUAUGUCAUUCCUUAAAGAAAAUAAAAAAGGAGCCCAAAACAAAAACGAAACUUUGUUUAUUUUAUAUCGUUUCAUAUAUGUAUCGUUUGGUUUUUUAUUUCCAUCUUCGGUUCUUCCUCAUUAUUAUGUGUAGCAUAAUUUUUAGGUGCUGCGAAAUACAAAAAAGCAACGAAUCUUUCAGUAGCAUGGCAGUCGAAAAGCUAAUCGUUAGGCAGAUAAACAAUGAUAAAAUAGUUGAAUUAAACGGUUGUGUCAAAUUAGCUCUAAUCUCAAAGUGGAAACCCAAAAUGAUAACGAGGAAAGGCGGAAAUUUAUUAGGACUAAACUUGUCUAAACUCUAAAUGUAGUUCAAUUACGAUUGAUUUGCUAAGCUCGCUCGUCUUUGAAUCCUAUCUCUCACUACCGUGUGUAAACUUUAAUCUUCCCGAAUGCGAUCAACCAAAGUAAUAAUAAUAAUAAUCUAUAUACGAGGCAUACAAACACAUACACUUAGGCGAUGGUUAGUAUAUGCGAAAAUAUAUACAUACAUGUAUAUAUAUACAUAAAUGUAUAUACAUAAAUGUACAAGAACAAUAUCUCGAUGGCGUCUCAACACAAAUAUAAUACGGUAAUCAGAUACCACGUUAUAAUAUUUAUGAAAGGGCCGAUAAGAAGAAAGGGGAAAGCCGAACAUUUUUACAUAAGAAAAUGCAUUUUUUAACAAACGUCUACGUGUGAAUUGAAUAAACCUUAUAUGUGUAUACACGCAUAUAUUAUAUACAUUUUAUUAAAUAUAUAUAUAUAUAUAUAUGUAUAUAUAUAUAUAUGCAUAUGUAAAGCCGAGCAUCAAUUUUUUAUAACAAGAAGCGGCCCGAGGAAGCGAAAUGAACAACCGAUUCAGGAGGAGAGCAGCUGAAAUCAACUGCCCAGUGGGCAUUCGUGCCUCGAGGCUUCACUGUGCUCCGUGUGUGCGCGUUAAAACGUUUUUUGAAGUAAAAUUUAAUUUACACAAGACUGACGCUAAAAAAUAACUAAGAAUAUUAAAAGUGUACUAACCGUUUACGAAUUUUUCAAAUGCCACACACGGAGUAAGUGAAGGUCAGAGGUCAAGGGGCCCACGCAGGAUGCAGGAUGCAGGACGACGGAUGGAGGGCUUGUUGGGGGGCAACGCUUUGUAUAUGGUUAUAUUAUAUUGUACUUAAAAAUGGAAAACCUGAGAUAUAUAUUAUAUAUAUUUAUAUUUACAAUAAAGAAAAACCAAGCGUAAAACUAAAGCGAAAAAUACAAAGGCAUAAUUUAUGAACAAUUAAAUGAAGCGAAAUGAAAUUAAUGGUAAAUAACAAAAUAUACAGUGUUAUUUUUAUUUUUAUGAUAUUGUACCUACAUUAGUAACUAACAAAGUAACGGCGCAGCAAUAAUAACUAAAUUAAUUAGCAACCAGAACUAGGCAAAAAAAAUACCCCACAAGAAAAUGUGAUGAAUAUUGUAGAAAACAAAUUGAAAUUGGAAGUCCCAUUAUAUCCGGAAGACACGAUAUCUGAGUUUCGGUAGAUCAUUAUUUGGCAGAGCAAUUGAAUCGCUAGACGAGAGAUCUCCCUGAAUCGGACGAGCCUAUGAAUACAAUAAACGUGCAACGAACUCUUUUAGAUUAUCGAGGAUUUACCUUAACGACACAUAGGUGCAUUACGUAGUUCUCGAACCGAGGUGUUUGGAUUAUUAUUGUUGUAUUUAGUAGCCAUCAUUACAGCCCGCAUAUUACCAAAUUUGUUUUGGGUCAUUGUUGUCAGCAAAAGUAUCUUUUUAAAUUUACGAUUUCUAACAUAUACAGAGCAAUUUCUAGAGCGAGAUCUCGAUGUAGAGGCAAAACAUGGCAAAUGGUGAAAAGCAAAACGACAACAAGAGCAAAACAAAUCGGUUUUUCUAUCAAUGUUGAAUGGCGAAUGUGUAGGAAAUAUUUAACCAUAUAUACAACAAAUAUAAAUUGUAGCUAAAAUGGUUUCAUGUAAACGAAAUUGUUGAGUAUUUUUAGUCACGAAUGAGAAUCGAAGUAAACACAAACACCCCAAAAACGACCGACAGACAGACGAAUUGAAGAAUUUACAAUAAAAUUGUGCAAUUUUUACGCAGUUCCCCUGCAAUCUUCUCUGAUUUAAUAGUCCACCUUGUUUCCACAGAUAUUUGCACAGAAUUUCGUUUAUUGCCUUCUGCUGACAAACUGUCCAUUUAGCCUCUUCCACUCGUUUAAUUUACAUCCCCUAGAAAGCCGAAAUUCUGUUGCAGAAUAUAUAGAGAUUAACAUUAAAAUUAAUUCGAAGUGCAAGUUGCACAUUGUGAGAAUCUGUGCUGAAGCCGAUGCAGGAUAAAUAAAUACACUUGUGUGAAAGGAUAACGAUGCCGCGAUACAGAUACCGAUACACCUAUGUUAAGCCAAUUAAAGCGCCCAAUGAAUGUGCUAUAAAGCGAAAGAUAGGAUUACCAGAAAAAUACAUAGCAAUGAUUAGCUGAAAAGUAAUGAAGUAAUGAAAAUAUUAGACAAAUUAUACUUUUAGCUAAAAUCAAGUGGAACUAUGAAAUUGUAUCCAAAUUCUUCCGUAAAAGAAAACACAUUUCUAGCAAACAAUUUACCAUACAUAAGAGUCUAAUAUACGAGUACAUAUACUAUACUGAGCAGCAUAAAAGUAGAGUCAAGGAUAUACGUAAAUCAGACGACACAAAUAUAGAUACGCCCGGAAUCCAGAAAAAAUUACAGAUCAAGCAAUUGCAGCCCACUAAGGAAAUGAUAUCAGCAUGAAAAAGUGAGAUUUAAGAUGGCAUAUAGGGCAUAGAUGGAGUAUGGAUUAGGAUUAGCGAUAGCAAAGGGCCCGAUUAUAGAGAAAAAUCCAACUGAUCUCUAAUGUGUUCUAUGCUUUAGAGAGGACAUACGAAAAUAAGCAAAGUAAAUUUAACUUGAAAAACCAAAGUAUUACCAUUUUGAGCUGCAAUAUUUUUUAAUCAAAAACCCAAAUGAAAGAUGGAUUUAAUAAUAGUAAAAUACAAAGAUAAUAAUUAAUACAUAUUUUUCUCUUUUGAGAUAAACCAAACGGAAACUGUUUUCACGUGAAUUGAGUUAGGCAACAAAUAAACGAGGUCAUAAAAUAACAUAACAUAUUUCAGAAAAAAGUAUCAAAACCAAAGCUAGCUAAGAAAAUGCACAAAGUUUUGUGUGUAUUUUUUCGGUUUUUAUUCAUGUGUGUAAAUCUUCCGUGUGCAAAACAAAAACAAUGAAAAGAAAUAUGAAACCAGAAGCAAACCAGAACUACACUACACUACAAAAGCAAAGCCAGACACUAAGCCCAACUGAAAUUGUCAAAUAUAAAUUAAUAUAUAUGAGGUCUAUAUGAGUAUAUAUUUAGAUAACAAUUAUAUUAUAUAUAUACAUAUAUAUUAUAUACAUACUGUGUGCAAAUUAUUCAGAUCCAUCAAAAUACGAUGCGGAAAAGUCUCUAUAUAUAUUUAGUAAAAUUAAAAAACGAAUGCGAAUGAAAAAUGAAUAUGUAGUACAACGGCAAGCGAAAUAAAAAGUAUAAAGCAAAAACAUAUAAGAAAACACAAAAUUUGACAAAACGAAAAUUAAAAAAAAAAUCUAUGAAUAGCAUAUAAAAAAUAAUUAUUUAUAAAGGCUGUAAUUUUAAGUAAAAAGAUCAACCAGAUAAACAUAAUAAAACUCAAAAAUAAAACACAAAAAAAAAAGACGAAAACCAAACAAAAAACUUAACAUAAACAUAUUUCACCCACAAAGCAAAUUAAAUUAACUAAAACAAAAUGUAAACAAAACGCGAGAAUAUACUAUAAAACAUAAGUAAGAACGAUAUCUAAAAACGAAAUUAUAAAGCUAAACGAAAAAAUUAUAUGAAGUAAUUACAUACAACCAAAGGAAGUAAAGCAUAAACAUAAAACCCCAAAAAUUAUAUAUAUACGAGAACUCAAUGUAUGUAAUAAAUAUAAAACUAAUUAAUAAAAUCUUAAAAAUGGAAUAAACCGAAGAAACGAAUUGGGCUUUCAUUUGGAACACAAAACACGGAUCACUCGAUGAAUAUGUGAUUUAGAUUUAGGUCAUUGCUUCUCAAGCUGAUGACGCAUUUGGCAGACCCUCGUCAGACUUCGAUCCAGUAAAAACGAAAAAGAUUCUCUUAUCUACGCGCUAGAAUGCAUUUAUUUAAUCUUUGCCUUUUCUUUUUUUUACAAAUAUAAAAUGCCAAGGUACAUGAAAAGUCGUAGCGCCAACUUCGUUUGGAUUCGAUUAACUCUAAUUCGCACGAUAAGAACUAUCGCUUUGGAAAAUACUCUUAUUUAAUAAAUACAAA